AGAUGGUAAGGCACCUUAGAUUGCGAGGAAUGUAGCAGCACAUAUAAUUAUUCAUGUCGCCCCGCAGCCGUCCACUGUACAACCUGGGACACACCCACGAACGCUGACAUUGUUUCCUCUCCAGUCAGAGGCCAGAGAGACCUUCAAGAUGCUGCCCGCAGUGGUCUACGCGGCCUACGCCAGCAUCGUCCAAGGUGCAAACACCACCUCGGGCUUCAGCCCAGCGGCUGACAACGCCGUCUCUCGCUUUGUGGCUCAACACUACGCGUUGACAAGCACUGCUGCCGGUCUUGCCGCAUCCUACGCCUUCCUCUGGGCGCUUCUACACUUCACCCAGGAUGCCAAGGAACCGCCUGUCGUGUUCACUGGACUCCCGUUCCUGAGCCCCAUCAUUGGAGCAGUGAGAUGGAGCAUGGGCUUCUAUAACUACAUGAGAGACACGUAUCCUACCCUGCCCGUAUUUACCCUGCGCCUCCCCGGCCUACGGGUCUACGUGGUUAACUCCACAGACCUCAUCCCCGUCGUCCAGCGGCAAUGGCGCACCCUCAUCUUCCCGCCCGUCUCGGCCCGAGCGUCGGAGGUUGCCAUGGGAGCCAGCAAGGAAGGCAUGGCCAUCAUCCGUGACGACAUGAUCACCGAGAGCGGCUUCAUGCACGCCUUUGGGAAGGCCAUCCAUCCGGCUCUGUCCACCGGGGCCGCGCUCGAUGAGCUGAACGGCAGCGCGCUGGACGUUCUCUCCAAAUCCCUGGACUUGAUCCAGGGCCCCAAAAGGGUGAACCUGUUCGAGUGGAUCCGCCACGAGCUGCUGAUGGCCACGACGGACGGCGUCUAUGGCCCGUCCAACCCUCUCCGCGACCCAGCCAGGGAGGCAGACUGGAUCAAAUUCCACCCCACAAUCAUGUUCCUCAUGCUCAACGUCGUGCCCCUCUGGUUCUUCCACAGCGCGCUCGCAGCGCGCGACAGGCUGGCCCUCGACUUCCAGCGCUACCACGUGGCGGGCCACUACCGCCAGGGUUCGUCCUACAUCCAGCGCUGGACCGAGCACUUUGUCAGCCGGGGCAUCGACCCGGUCGACCUGGGCCGCUUCCAGAACGCGGGACUGUUCGCCCUCGUCGCCAAUACCAUCCCCACGGCCUUCUGGACCAUCUUCUGCGUCUUCUCCGACCCGGAGAUCGUCAGUGAGUGCCGCGAGGAGGUCGAGCGGACCGUCACGGUGGAGGAGGGUGUUGCAGGUGGUAAGGCGUGCACCAUCAACGCCGCGCGGAUCAAGAGUAGCUGUCCGACGCUGGUGUCGACGUUCCAGGAGGUGUUUCGUUUCUACGGCAUGGCGAACUCGGUGCGGGUCGUCAACGAGGACCAUGUGCUGGACGGCAGGUACCUGCUCAAGAAGGGCGGGCUGGUCAUGAUCCCGGCGCGGGUGCAGCACCGGCUCAAAGAGGUGUGGGGGGAGAACGCGGACGAGUUCGAUCACCGGCGGUUCAUCAGGAAGCCGGGCGAGCCGCGGCCGAAUCCGAUCGCGUUCAGGGGGUUUGGCGGCGGCACGACGCUGUGCCCCGGCCGGCACUUUGCGACGACCGAGAUCCUGGUCUUCACGGCCAUGUUGCUGCUGCGGUUUGAUCUCGUGCCGGUCGCUGAUGGCGGGGAGUGGGUGACGCCCACGACGGCAAACUCGUCGCAGGCCGAGGCCAUGGCGCAGCCGGAUCAGGAAAUCCAGAUUGAGCUCCGGCCGCGGCCGGGUGCAGUGCGGGAAUGGCGCGUGUCCUGUGAGGGGAAUGGGGAGGCUGCACUGGUCGCUGAAGACCUGUGCAGAUAGGGAGCCUAAACCGAGGGUGUCAGCACUCAGUCACCAGGGGGCACUUGAGAGCAGCCCUGGGCAGGGAUGGGGAACCGAGAUAUGACACACUUGUAAGGUGACUAGUCUUUGUAGUCAAUAUGUCCUUCUUCCCCCUCUUCCAUGACGGUACCUGAGGUACUCUUACGUACCCCGCAAGGUUGUUUGUCGAUGUGCCCCCUGAUUCCUGAACAUCAAGGAAUGUUGUUUUCCCAAAACACACAAAAUGGCUUUUCUCUUCUUGCGG